CCCAGGAGCGAAGGAUCCGCGACGUCUGCUGCGCGCUGUCCAACUUUCCUGUAUGAUCAUUCCGCAGAACUUUUCACCAGGAAUGGAGAAUCUCACGCCAGAGCAAUGGCGGGAGAUUAUGAACAAGAAGAUGCGGUUCCCACCGGAGCUCAUCUGCGCCAUCCAGGAGGGGAAGAUCGACCUGGUGUGGGGUCUUCUUAAGACCGGCGACGGCAUCGUCCGGCAGCUGGACGAGUCUGAAGACCGCCUGUGGCGGGAAGCCCUCAACCUGUCCAUCCGCCUGGGCAGCGAGGAGGCCAUGGAGGCGCUCCUGCAGGGGGUCAAGUUCGACUUCCGCCAGAUUCACGAGGCCCUUCUGGUCGCCGUGGACACCAACCAGCCCCGAGUGGUGAAGCACCUCCUGGACCGGCUGGACCAGGAGAAAGGAAACAAGAUGGAUGUGCGCUCGUUCUCACAGGCCAUCUACGAUCACUCCAUCGACAACUCUCAGUUCGCCCCUGGUGUGACGCCGCUGACCUUGGCCUGUCAGAAGGAUCUGUACGAUAUCGUGACCAUGCUGACCAUGAAGGGACACGUCAUCCCGUGGCCUCACAAGAUCUCCUGUGCCUGUCUGGAGUGUCGCAACGGUCGGCAGUACGACCUCCUGAAGUUCUCGCUGUCCCGCAUCAACACCUACCGCGGCAUCGCAAGCCGCGCCUACCUGUCCAUCACCUCGGAUGACGCCAUGCUUAGCGCCUUCAGCCUGAGCAGGGAGCUCCGGAAGCUCUCCCAGAAAGAGCCGGAGUUCAAGCCUCAGUAUCUGAGUCUGGAGGAGCUGUGCCAAGAGUUCGCCGUGGAGCUGCUGGGAAUGUGCCGCAACCAGAGCGAGGUGACCACCAUCCUCAACAGUUGCGGCGACGAAAGCCAAGACGACCUCGACCAGCAGGCCUUCGAGGAAGGGAUACCCAACCUGUCGCGGCUCAGGCUUGCCGUCAACUACAACCAGAAACAGUUUGUGGCCCAUCCCAUCUGCCAGCAGGUGCUCUCGUCCAUCUGGUGCGGCAACCUGGCCGGCUGGAGAGGCAGCCGCACGGCAUGGAAGCUGCUGGUCUCUGUGGGGAUCUUCCUCACCAUGCCGCUCCUCUGCCUUGUCUACUGGAUCGCCCCAAAAUCCAAGGUUGGAAAGAUCUUGAAGAUCCCAGUCAUCAAGUUCCUCCUCCACUCGGCAUCGUACCUCUGGUUCCUCAUCACAUUGCUCGGGGAAUCCAUUACGAUGGAGAUGUAUCGAGACAAGUUCGCCUCCAGGCAGCAGAACAUCCUACACAGCUCCUUUCACAUGGUCUGGGUCGUUGGCUUCUUCUGGUACGAGUGUAAGGAAGUCUGGAUUGAAGGUCUUCGCAGCUACUUCCUGGACUGGUGGAACUGUUUGGACAUGAUGGUGCUCAGCAUGUACCUGGCCUCCUUCUCCCUGCGAGUCCUGAUCAUGCUCAAAGGCUACUUCCUGUGCCUGGACGUCGAGGGCUCAGAGGAGUGCGUCUACUUCACGGAGACAGUGCGCGAGGACUGGCGCCAGGAGGACCCACAGCUGAUCGCGGAGGUCCUGUUCGCCGUCACCAGCUUGUUGAGUUUCACCCGGCUGGCGUACAUCCUGCCGGCGCACGAAUCCCUGGGGACUCUGCAGAUCUCCAUCGGGAAGAUGAUCGAUGACAUGAUGAGGUUCAUGUUCAUUUUAAUGAUAAUCGGAACGGCCUUCCUCUGCGGCAUCAACAACAUCUACGUGCCGUACGUCAUCUCGCCUCACCUGGGCAGGUUCAACGAGACCUUUCACUUCCUGUUCUGGACCAUGUUCGGCGUGGCCAACCAGGACUACGUGGACAUGCCGCAGUUUGUUCUAGCUGAAUUUGUGGGUCGGAUUCUCUACGGCAUCUUCACCCUCGUCAUUGUCAUCGUCCUCCUCAACAUGCUAAUCGCUAUGAUCACCAACUCCUUCCAGAAGAUUGAGGACGACGCCGACGUGGAGUGGAAGUUCGCUCGCUCCAAGUUGUACCUGAGCUACUUCAGAGAAGGCCUGACCAUGCCUGUGCCCUUCAACAUCAUCCCCUCGCCCAAAGCGGUCUUCUACAUCUUCAGAGGAAUAUUCCGACGCAUCUGCUGCUGCUGCUCGUGUGAUGCUCAGAGUCGAUACCCUCCCAUCACCUCUUUGUCCAACGAUAAAAGGUCAGAGGACAGCCAGCUUCCGUACCGACAGCAGGUCAUCCGCGCUCUGGUGCAGCGAUACAUCGAAUCUGCGCGCCGCGAGUUUGAGGAGACCAAAAGGAAAGAUAUCGGCAACCGCAUCACGGAGCUGAGCAAGGCGAUCACCAGGAUGCACAGCGACAUGAAGGGCGUCCUGCAGCACGUGGUGGACGAGGGUCACCACGCCGGCGACACCCUCAGCAAAGAAGGCUCCUCCUUCCUGGGCAAGUACAUCAUCGGUGCCAAGAACAACUUCAGAGGCUUCAGCAGCCGAGAGGACAGGAACAGCUCGUCCUCUCAGGUGACCGUGCAUCAUGGUGAGGAAGAGGUGGAGACGGUGAAGAGGGAAGCCACGUCGCACCAGAUCGAGGAGGAUGAGGGACUGAAACAGAACUGUGAGGUGGUGAGGAUGGAGGAGGGAAGAGCGGAGCUCAGAGAGAAGCAAGAAGAUGAGGUGGAAGAUGAAGCGGAUGGAGUGGAGGAGGAGGAUGAAGGGAGAGUUGGAGAGGUGGAACGUGAAGGAGAUGCAGAGAAAGUUCCACCUGAGUUGGGAGAUGAAGAUCAGCAGGAGAGGAAGAAGAAGGUGGAGGCUCGAUGGAUGAGGUUUGCUCACAACGUCACAGAGAGAGUCAAACCUGUGGAAGGUACAAGUGUCCCCUCCCCCACCGGGAGCAGCAGCUCCCAGGACACCGGCUUCGGCUCGCAGGAGGGGGAGGGUUCCAUAGAUGGCGCUGAAGUCACCCGGUAGAACGGAAUAGAUACAGAUCCUAGUGUGUAAAAUGAAUCUGUGUCUUGGUAGUUUUUUGUUGUCAUGUCACCUCAACAUUUCCAUCUGAAUUAUUCUUGUUUGUGUUAUAAUAUGGACUUUAUAACAUUUCAUUUUUGUGCUAUUUCAUGCCAAUUAUUGUUUCUAUCUCCACACUAAUUCCAAUUUAUUUGACCUGAUUUCAAUUUAGU